AUGCGCCACCAUCUCCUGUUUCUCGUCUCACUCGGUCUUACCGCCGCAGAAAACGGCCUGAGCGGCUGGCUUCGAUACGCGCUACUUUCUGACGCCGCUGCUCAUGUCGAAAAGGUUCCGUCCUAUAUCAUCGCCCUUAACACAACCAAAACCAGUCCGGUGUACGUGGCUGGUCAAGAGCUCAAGACAGGAAUUGAGAGGAUUCUCGGCAAGGCCACCAGGGUGGCCAGCAAACGGUGCAAGUCCGCAGCGACGAUCACAGUUGGAACAAUUGGGGCGUACACUGCCGAUGGUGGCCAGCUUGUCGAAGAGCCCGAUCUGGCGGAGGAUGGGUUCUGGCUCAGCACAAAAGGGGAUUCCAUUAAGAUAUUGGGUCAGAACGAGCGAGGUGCGUUAUAUGGCGCCUUCGAGUACUUGUCGAUGCUUGCACAAGGGAACUUCUCUGAGGUUGCAUAUGCCACUAGCCCGGACGCGCCGAUCAGAUGGGUCAACCAGUGGGACAACAUGGACGGAAGCAUCGAAAGAGGAUACGCUGGUCCUUCCAUAUUCUUCGAAAACGGAACCAUCAAACAGAAUCUAACCCGCGUUGCUGAAUAUGCUCGUUUACUCGCCUCGGUCCGCAUCAAUGGCAUUAUUGUCAACAAUGUCAACGCAAAUGCUACUCUUCUCAACCCUAUGAAUGUGGCCGGGUUGGGCAGAAUCGCGGAUUCUAUGCGGCCAUACGGUGUACGCAUUGGGAUCUCCUUGAGAUUCGACUCGCCACAGGUACUUGGUGGGCUCAGUACAUUUGAUCCUCUCGACAAGGAUGUCAUCUCUUUCUGGACAAAUGUGACAGAGAACAUCUACUCAGCUGUUCCCGAUUUCGCUGGAUACCUCGUAAAAGCGAACUCAGAAGGCCAGCCGGGACCAUUGACCUACAAUCGGACACUAGCCCAAGGUGCAAACCUAUUCGCCAAUACAUUGCUGCCUCAUGGUGGGGUUGUAAUGUUCAGGGCUUUUGUAUAUGACAAUACCAUCAAUGAGUCCGACUGGAAAGCCGACCGCGCGAAUGCUGCUGUUGAUUUCUUUCGGGACCUUGAUGGAGAUUUCGAUUCGAAUGUUGUAGUCCAGAUCAAGUACGGACCCAUCGACUUCCAAGUCAGAGAGCCGGCAUCGCCUCUGUUCUCUCACUUGAGACAGACCGGUAGUGCCAUUGAGCUUCAGGUCACGCAAGAGUACCUCGGUCAGCAAUGCCAUGUGCUCUAUCUUGCGCCACUUUGGAAAACCAUUCUUGAUUUUGAUAUGCGUGUCGAUGGCAAGCAAUCGUUCGUCAAAGACAUUGUCGGUGGUACUGUCUUCAACAGGUCGCUCACAGGAUAUGCUGCGGUUGUAAACGUAGGCACUAACACGAGUUGGCUCGGCAGCCACUUAGCCAUGUCGAAUCUGUAUGCAUAUGGGCGAUUGGCCUGGAAUCCAAGUGAUGAAUCGAUAAACAUGCUGCAUGAUUGGGUCCGAUUGACGUUCGGCUCAGAUCCAAUUCUCAUUGACACCAUCACGAAGUUGAGUAUGGAAUCAUGGCCAGCAUACGAGAACUAUACCGGUAAUCUCGGCAUCCAGACGUUGACAGACAUAACGGGGAACCAUUUUGGCCCAAAUCCGGCGUCACAAGACGACAAUGGAUGGGGCCAGUGGACACGGGCAGAUGCUUUUAGUAUCGGAAUGGAUCGUACUGUCAAGAAUGGGACCGGAUUCUCUGGUCAGUACCCCGCCGAGGUGGCCUCGAUGUACGAGGAAAUCAAUACCACGCCUGAUAAUCUGCUGCUCUGGUUCCACCACGUAAAUUAUACACAGCUGCUCAAUUCCGGCAAGACUGUAAUCCAGCACUUCUAUGACGCGCACUACGCGGGUGCAGAGACGGCGCAGACGUUUGUGAAGUUGUGGGAGGGCCUUGACGGCAAAAUUGACAGAGAGAGGUUCGAGGAGACCUUGUUCCGGAUCAAGUUCCAAGCUGGACAUUCCAUCGUUUGGCGAGAUGCAAUCAACGAGUUCUAUCACAACAAGAGUGGUAUCUCGGAUGCAUUAGCAAGAGUUGGAUAUCAUCCUUGGCGCGUGGAAGCAGAGGAUAUGUUGUUGGAUGGUUACAAAGUCGUGGCCGUCACCCCGUUCGAGACGGCCAGCGACUACUUUGCCAUCAUUACGACCCGUAACGAUACGUUGGGAACCGCAACGACGGCAUUAUCUUUCCCGUCUGGAAAGUAUGAUGUUGCUGUGAAUUAUUUCGAUCUUGCUGGAGGAAGAGCUCAUUGGGAGGUGUUUCUGAACGACGUGUCGGUGGGAGGAUGGCGAGGCACAAACGAAGACAGACUGGGCCACGCGACGUCGACACGACUCGAUGGCCAUUCUGCCACCCGCAUUACGUUUCCUAGGAUUGAAAUCACCAAGGGCGAUGUGCUGAAGAUUGUGGGUACACCAGAUGGAAUUGAGGCGGCGCCGUUAGAUUACAUUGCCGUUCUUCCAGCAGGCGUAGUGGAUUAA